AUGCCCGAGUGGGCCGCGGCCCAGGCGCGCCAGCCCAGCAGCAGCACCACCCCCAGCGCCCCGGCCCGCCUGCCGCCCGCUGCCACUGACGGGUGGGCCCCACCCGUCAGGGUCGCCCCCUACCUCCGGCCGAAACGGAUUCGGCGCAACGGCUGGCUCCGACUUCCGUGCCGCGCGCGGAUCGAGGACCCCGGCCCGUCCCCACCUAUUUAUAGGCCGCCGCAACCGUCCGCGCCCCCCCAAAACCCUAGCGCAAACCCCGAGCCGCAAGCCGUCAUCGCGUUCGUCUCGCCGUGCCGACCCCGCCGGUGCCCUUGGCUCGCCUCCCCGCGCCCCGAAUCGCCGCCGCGGCGAGCUCCGGGCGGCGCCAAUGGCGCCACCGCCGCCCGCCGGCCGCCCCUGCGCGCGCACCCGCUCCGCACCGGCGCGCGGUCCACCGUGGACCGCAGCCCUGCGCCCCCGUGCGGCCGGUCCACGUGGACCGGGUCCACGCAGCCGCCAACGCCUCUCCCGCAGGUGCGGUCCACCAUGGACCGCGGCCGCCCUGCCCUGCGCCCCGGUCUACAGCAUAGUGCUGUGGACCGGCCACUCACCGGCCGCCACGUGGCCAGCCCGCACGCCCCUGCCGCUUUGCAGAAAAGCCCUCGGGCUUAUUCAAAAUUAACCCGCAGUCCUGUUCUUUCAAAAAUAUUUAAGUUUAUGCCCUUAGUUUUUGCAGUUUAA